CCCCCUUGUCCUGUACAUUCUGCUAGCCCUCCACACUGCAGCUUUUGUCCCUGUUCUUUGCCCCUUCGUUUUGUUGGUGAGGAUAUCACAGUGAUGUCUGCAUUCAACCUUCUCCAUUUGAUGACAAAGAGCCAGCCAGUGGCCCUGCGAGCCUGUGGGCUUCCCUCAGGGUCACGCAAGGAAAAAAAGACCUGCAAGGUGAUCUUUACUGAACAAGAAUUAAGACAACGCUUGACACCCAAACAAUACCAUGUCACCCAAGAAAAAGGGACCGAAAGUGCCUUUGCCGGAGAAUAUACGCACAAUACAGCAGCAGGGACAUACACUUGUGUAGUUUGCGGAGCUGUUCUUUUCAAGUCUGAAAAAAAAUUUGACUCCAAUUCUGGUUGGCCCUCAUUUUUUGAUGUUGUGAAUCCAGAAGCAAUAACAUAUGCUGAUGACUUUUCAUACGGGAUGCACAGAGUAGAAGCAAGCUGCAAUCAGUGUGGUGCCCAUCUUGGUCAUGUGUUCGAGGAUGGUCCCCGUCCAACGGGUAAAAGAUACUGUAUAAAUUCAGCAUCACUGAACUUCAUAGCAGAGGCAUCAGGUGGUGCCGAAGGAACUAGCGAUUCAGCAGCAUCUCCAAAGACGGAACUGUAAAGGCAGACCCAACAAUAAAGCUUUCUGAUCAUCGGAUCUGUAGUUUAACAGCCAUUAUGUGGAUUCGACAUACUAAUCCUUACAUUAGGAACAAUAUUCUUUAUUUACAUUUACUAUCUUCCAUACAUUAUUUUUUGCCUGCAAACAUUAUUUUUUAAUCCACUUGUUAUCAAGACUAUCACAGAUUGUAAAAAUAUAUCUGUAUCAUAGUUGGAGAAUUUAAUAUGGUAUUAAUAGAUUAUUUUUCUUAUACAAUGGUCCAAAGUGUAAAUGUUAGAAAGUUAAAAUGAACCAUAUCAUGGUCUCUUUUAAGAAAGAAACAACAUUUGUUUUUCUUUAUUUUUUAACAUCUGACUUUUUUCUUUAUCGGACUAAUGCUGCUAAUGCACAACUGUAUGCCAUGUUCCAUGACACUAUGGUGCGCCAUUGGUACAGAAAUAUUGAAAGCAUCUCUAUAAAAGAAGACCAAAAAUUGUGGAAGUGGGGAGGAAGGCUUUGUUAUAUUGAAGUGUGACAUUGUAACAUUUUCAAU